UCAUGGAGACGAGGAGUCGCAUCCGGUGGAACUCGAUGGGGGCAAAGGCUGCCUGCUGCCGGCCCAUUAACCAAAAAGGAACCCGCCAUCGGUCGGCCCAGUUCAACAAAUAACGGUUCGUUCGGCCCAAUACUGUAUUUCUUCUUCCUACAACCUCUUCCUCUGCUCAGAACGUUGGAGACGGAGGUUCUGUGGCUGCUGGGGGACAAACAGAUAGAAGAUCUAGGGGUACUUGUCAAAAAAUCAAGGUAUGGCGGCCGCCACACCUUGCCAUACCGGGUCCUCCGCCCCUGUGUGCCACAGAAGUGGCGUGACUACAGUGUUGAGUUCCAUUUCCCAGAGCCUACUGAGCUCACACCACCUCUCCUUCAACUCAUUGAGGUAGGGUUCAGCUACCCAGGUAGGCCAGACUUCAAGCUGUCUGAUGUUGAUGUUGGCAUUGAUAUGGAAACUCGUGUAGCUAUUGUUGGGCCCAAUGGGGCAGGGAAGUCUACCCUUCUUAAUUUACUUGCGGGUGAUCUUAGCCCUACAGAAGGGGAGGUUAGGAGGAGCCAGAAGCUGAGGAUUGGGCGAUACUCACAGCAUUUUGUUGACUUGUUGACAAUGGAGGAAAAUGCAGUUCAAUAUUUGUUGAGGCUUCACCCAGAUCAGGAGGGAAUGAGCAAAGCAGAGGCUGUCCGUGCUAAGCUUGGGAAGUUUGGGUUACCUGGACACAACCAUCUCACUCCAAUUGUUAAAUUGUCUGGUGGUCAGAAGGCCCGUGUUGUGUUCACUUCUAUAUCAAUGUCUCAGCCUCACAUUCUCCUGCUUGACGAACCAACAAAUCACUUGGACAUGCAAAGUAUUGAUGCUUUGGCAGAUGCACUGGAUGAGUUCACUGGAGGUGUUGUCUUGGUUAGUCACGACUCAAGAUUGAUAUCUCGUGUUUGUGAGGAUGACCAAAGGAGUGAGAUAUGGAUUGUGGAGGAUGGCACAGUGAAGAAAUAUGAUGGUACAUUUCAGGAUUACAAGGAUGAACUCAUGGAAGAAAUAAAGAAGGAAGUGGAAGAAUAAUGCUGCUUCAAAUGAGAAGUGCUUUGCAUGUUCUUUGUAGAACAAGCUGUUUUCUUGCACUGAAAUUGCAUGUACUAUUAGUGGGGUUUUUCCCUCUGAUUUGCAGAGUAUUCAUAUGGUUACAACUAUGAAACAAUGUAAGAUGAGGCGUGCUUGCUUUACUUUAUAUUAUAAGAAAGCCUGAGAAUAUGGUAGUAUUUGAGUGUAUGAUUUGUUCUGAGUUGUGGUUCUGUCAAGACAUUUUUCAGUGAUAUACCUCCACAUGAAUUGCAUAUGAUCUUUAA